AGACAGCAUGUUUAUCAUCAAGAGUAAAACCAAAACAACAAAAGGUAAUGCUGGAAAUGUCAUUAAACACAUCUGGUCCCAGCUACUGCCAAUCUAAAGGGGAACAAUUUGCCUGGGAAGCUGACCAUGCUGCAUCAGAUGAUAAAAAAUUCUUCAGAAGUGACAGAAUGGACAAGCAAGUCUUGCUCUCUUCCCAAGGAACAGUUUCAACAUCACAGUAUGCAGUCGGUCUGCUGAGAGAUGGGGAAAUUCAUUUAACACCUCUCAAGGGGGUUGUUCAAUUGAGGCCCAGUUUUGAAUAUUUGGAUCGUAAUCAGGAGAAAAAGCCAACUAACCAGGAUGAAGGUGAUUCACAAUAUGAAGAUGAGGAAAAGGCCACUGCUUUAUUGGUUAGGUUUGCUAAGAAGGAAACUGAACAAGCCAAAGCUCAGAGGCUGUCAUCCUAUAAACAUCUUGAGAAACAGAUGUCGGAAGAACCAUGGACUGAAGUUGAAUAUUUUGGAAUCAAUGACAUAAAAAGUGUUGAGGAACGAAAUUUGCUGUUUUGUCAAGAAGUGAAUACUGAGGUUUUAGAAUUUGAUGCAACCUCAAGUAGUUAUGUUGAGAUGUUGAUGCCUACUACAGCAGAGGUUUCAAGAAGAAAUUUAAACAGAAUAAUAUUGAAAAUAUGGAAAUAAAUGGUGAGUGCAAAAACUUAGAGAUUAAUUUGUCUUUGUAAACCAUUCAUAAAAUACCAAGUUCCCCAAUGUAUAUCAAAAUAAAACCA